AUGAGCGAGCGUAAUUCCAAACGAGGCUGGCGAACUGACUCGAGUCCGGAUCUCCUGGGAGGCGAUGAUUUGGGACCAACUUCCCAAGGUACCGUUAGAGCAAGACCCAACACCCUGGACCCGGGGAUGUCAAAGGAUCAUCCGCAGUUAGGGCUUCCCGUGAGCCGUGAAGGGCCGCUGGUGAGGUUUGAGCCAAACAGGAAUCGGCCAGUUGAGGUCAUCUUUGAUCUCAAAUCGGCGGCGCUUCUUUACUCAUUGGAGUGUAUUCAUCGCUUAUUCUUUCAACGGACUGGACUUGUCAGUGGGCUGUGA